GGCCGGCGGGCGGCGCGGGCUGGCUCCCGGCGGGCGGCGCUGCUGCGUUGCCCUGGGAGGCGCCGCGGGCCGGGCGCGGAGCUGCGGGCUCGGGGGUGUGAGCGGCCGGGCAGGGCGCCCCCAGGAUGCUGCGGUUCCUGCGCAGGACCUUUGGCCGGCGGUCGAUGCAGCGCUACGGGCGAGGAGCCGGGCGCGGAGGGCUCGGCGGCGAGGGGGACGAGCGGGACGGGGGGCUGCGGGGAGCAGCCGCCGUCGGCUCGGGAGGCUUCCCCUCCUCGCCGCACCCCGGAGGGGUCGCGCACAGCGCUGGAGCCCCCGUCCACAUCCCAGCGGCCGGCGGCAAUAAGCUGGUGCUGCAGUGCCGCGUCCUUCUCCUGGACGGGACCGAAGUCAGCGUGGAGCUGCCGAAAAAUGCAAAAGGACAGGAGUUGUUUGACCAGAUUGUAUAUCAUUUGGACCUUGUGGAAACUGAUUACUUUGGCCUACAAUUCAUGGAUGCUUCCCAGGUUACACACUGGUUGGACCAUUCAAAAUUCAUUAAGAAGCAAAUAAAAAUUGGACCUCCAUACACGUUGCAUUUUCGAAUAAAGUACUAUUCAUCAGAACCAAACAACCUUCAUGAGGAGUUUACAAGGUACCUGUUUGUAUUACAGCUCCGGCAAGACAUUCUUUCAGGGAAACUGAAAUGCCCAUAUGAAACUGCUGUUGAACUCGCAGCUCUGUGUCUUCAAGCUGAGCUGGGAGAGUGUGAGCACCCAGAGCACACACCAGAACUUGUGUCUGAAUUCAGGUUUGCACCAAACCAGACCGAAGCGAUGGAAUUUGACAUUUUUCAGAAGUGGAAAGAGUGCAGGGGAAAGAGUCCAGCACAGGCUGAAUUGUGCUACUUGAACAAAGCUAAAUGGCUAGAAAUGUAUGGUGUAGAUAUGCAUGUGGUUAAGGGAAGAGAUGGUUGUGAAUAUGCUCUUGGACUGACACCAACAGGCAUAUUGAUCUUUGAAGGAGCCAACAAAAUAGGCUUAUUCUUUUGGCCUAAAAUCACAAAAAUGGACUUUAAAAAGAGCAAGCUAACGCUUGUGGUUGUAGAAGAUGAUGAACAGGGCAGAGAGCAAGAGCACACAUUUGUUUUCCGGUUAGACAGUGCCAAAACGUGCAAACAUUUGUGGAAGUGUGCAGUGGAACACCAUGCUUUCUUCAGAUUGCGAGCCCCAGCAAAUAGCAAAUCUAAUAGAUCUGACUUCAUAAGGCUGGGAUCACGCUUCAGAUUCAGUGGGAGGACAGAGUAUCAAGCAACACAUGGGACAAGGUUACGCAGAACUAGUACAUUUGAAAGGAGGCCCAGCAAGCGAUACCCUUCUCGAAGGCAUUCAACUUUUAAGGCAAACAAUCCUGUGAAAGCAGCACAACUGUGUGCUAAAAAUACUCCUGAAGUCCAUAACUACCAGCCCCCGUAUCAUCCUAAUAUACUUCCUGCUCAGCCACACUGGCAUCCACAUACACCUGUGAAUGUAAGAUACAAUCUUGGCAGUCUUGGCACACAGAUUGAUGAAGAUGAGAAGUUCCACCAGCCUGAUAUCUUAGAUCCAGUGUUACUUCUUUGCACUAGUGAUACGACCUUCAACUUUCAACUAUCAAACAGCAAAACCUGCAGCUCAUCAUAUCAAAGCUAUCCCUUGAACAACAGUGAUCUGCAUCAGUUCAACAUUGAGGAGAACGGAGGAACACCGUAUACUGCAAAAAUGCCUGCAAGGCACCACCACCACCACCGCCAUCACCACCACCUCGCGAACUACGGCGCCCUUGCUCCAGAGAGCAAAGACAUUGUUUCUGCAGUUCCAAACCCAAACAAACUGAGCUCAGGACUUCCCCUUUUUUAUGAUGAAACCUCUCAUCUGAAGAAAAUAGAAACGGAGAGUGUGAAGGUAGUUGGACCAUGGCCAGCCCUGCACGUCAGCAUGAACAAGGGCGAAGACAAGAAAGUACCUGAAAAGACUCUUCAUGCCCCUGUUUCACCUUCAUCUGUACCUGACCAUAUGAAGUGCAACAUCCUUAAAGCUCAAGUGGAAGCUGCUUUUAGAGUAGGCACCCAGAUGGAGAAUCAAACUCCAGUGUGCAUGGGGGUGCUGGAAGCUGAAUCCAGGAGCACGCUGCCACAGAUACCAGAGGCUGUGAAAGAAGAGUCCUCUUUUGUAAAUCCCAGUAAGACCUCCAGCCUGCAGGACCCUAAUGUAAGAAGUCCAGCUCCAGUGCGACCUGAAACUACACCAUCAACUGCCCCUACAGAGAAGCAGGAGGUUAAAGUUUCUCGUGUGAGGAAGUUAACAAGGCAGUACAGUUUUGAUGAAGAUGACCUUCCUCCAGCACUGGCAGCGGCAGCAGCAGCAUCCACACCUGUGUCCUCAGCAUCUCCUGGGUCACAGAAAACAUGUACGCCACAGACGUCAGAAGGACAACCACAGGUUUCACCUGGUGGCAAGAGUUCCACAGACGCUGGAAGUACAUUUGCUUUGGAGCCAGGUGACCUCCUGAUGGAUUUCACAGAGGCCACACCUAUGAUAAAGACAUUCCCUGCUGAUACAUCUAAUCCUUUUUUCGAUCCUUUUCCAACAGUACCACAGUUUUCUGCAGAAUUUGCAGACAGCAAAUUACAAUGCUGUACAGUGCAGUCAUCCCCUAAGAUAACGCUGGUAACUCCAUCGCCAGUACUGAGAUCUUUGGCAGACACUAUACCUACUCCAACGGUGCAGACAGUAUAUACGUCGCAUAAACCGAUUUCACUGGCAGACAGCGCUGAGACUCUGAGGCGUGAACUUGAGAGAGAGAAAAUGAUGAAAAGACUCUUGAUGACAGAAUUAUGAAGUUCGCACUUCCGUCAGAUGGAGACUGGAUCGGGGCCUUUCAUGUGCCUUCUGUCUACAUUCCUCUGCUUCUGUGUACUCAACAUAAUGCACCAGGAAAACGUGUGAUAUACCUGGCUCACCUGGAUUCACUAUGGUUGGUUAAAAUUAAGUCUCAGCUAGACUUUAACUUGAAGGAGUCCCUUUAUUCAUUUGCUGCUGGGAAAUCAACCUUCAAUCCUUUAUCUCUCCUGAGAUUUUAUACUAUUAACACAAUUAAUUUCUGGUUUGGUUUUGGUAAAUCUAGGGCAAAAAGGAUCAGCAAGGAGCAUACUGAUUUCUAUUGGGAAACACUGUUCUGUACAUAUGUUAAUAAGUGCACAGAAAUUAAUGUUAUGCAGAAUAUUUUGAUAGUAACAUAGAAAAUAUGUCAUUUUGUACAACUGAAAAUUGCAAUGAGCUACUGCUAUUUGUUAAAGAACCAUUUUUAAAGCAGAAGAAUGAUUAUUACAUCCUAACCCCAGGACUGUUAGUUUCCACAGAAAAAUAAACGGCUGUCUUAUUCAAUUCCUAACCUUAACCUUCACUCAGAGAUAUAAAUAGCUGCAAAGGGGAAAGACACCCCACCAUACAGGUAUACGCACCCAACACUCCCUAUAGAUUGUCAUCUUGACCUAAACCUUCAACUAAAUCCUACCGUAUUUCCAUUAAUGAAAAAAAUCAGUUGUUUAAAGUAAUUUGCUACUGACUUUCUAGCUUGAUACUGACUUUUUUUAACUGAGUGAGAAGCUUUACCUUCUCCAGGUUGCCUAGGCAUUAGGGCUUGCCCAGACUCAGACAGCUUCUGCCCCAGCACUGAAGGUUGCAGAGCCUCAGCGGUGUGGACAUAGCUCAUGCAGGGAGCUAUUUUUUCCUUCUUGGAUAGAUAAACCACCUUCGUGACUGACAUGAAUUUAUUGAUCACUUUAAAGAAUAGUAACAAUUAUAGUUUAUGGCAUAGCUGUGUCUAUACCCUCUUUUUUCACUCUACUAAUCAGCACAUGUGUACUGGCAAACCUGUGAAGGGUACGCCUGGCUAUACGUCCCCUUCACCUCCAGCACGCAAGCAGCCUCUGCAUUCAGUGGAGCUAUCUCAGGCAUCAGGUGGGGUGGGUGGUCCAGCACUAGCAGAACCGCAGCCCCAGGGAGGGUGUUUAUAGUAUACAGGUAAUGCUACCAACUAUUUCCUAGGUAAAAAAGGAAGAAAGAAGUUCUCCAUUCCCCCCUGUUCAGUAUUGCAGGGUCAUCUAGAAAGCUACCAACAGCUGUCAGCUACAAGGUACUCUUCCAACAGGAAAGCUUUUGUGCGUUUUGUAUGGCUGAAGAUGUAUAUUUUUCUGUUACUCUGUAUGUUCUCUUGUUUGUAUUAAGAUAAAAUAUUGCCCUUAAUUUGAUACUGAUUACAAUGGCUUUAUCUCAACUUAAGCAGUUUGUUUGUGUGAAGCCUGGGAAGUUUUUGAUGUGAGACUGGGUUUCCUUCGGAGUUAACUUAUGCUGUUUUUCUGAAAUGAGAGUUCUUGAAAGCAUUGUAGCACUGUGAAUUGCAAUGUGGAGGUAUAAAAUGACUUGCCUAUUUUAUAUUUACUGGGACAAGAAAUUGGCAUUAGGCUUCCCAGUCAAAUCCACCAACCCCAAAAUUUCAGUUUGCAGUGAAGCGGGGCAAAAAGCCCCACACAAGUAUUAGAUAGAAACUCACUAUACAAAAUGUAAUGAAGUAGCUCAACAUGAGCAAUGGGCACAAGGAGCCACAGAAACACACCUGGACUGCAGAUUUCAGAGCGUUCAGGUGACUUUGUGGGGUGAUCAGAUGUGACUUGUACACUGCCCACCUUCUAGUUACAGUCCCAGAACACUUCUGCUGCUUAUAUUUUAAUGUACCACUCCAUCGAUCCAAGGUUAUUCAAAACAGCUUAGGAACUUUAAACCCCUAUGAAGAAAUCAGAAAGGAGAGGAAAUGCAACAGCCACAAGAGCCUGCCUCUUCCAUGUCCUGUUACUCUUUUCUUGCCGCUUCCCAGAAGGGACUGGGGGGUGGAGAAGAGCAGCCCAUUUUGUCUGUGCUCAAGUGAAAAUGAGCACUGUGAAGAACAAAUAAAAGAAAAUUAUAAUUAAAGCUUCUGUUUUGGGAGAAGAAAGCAAAGUAAGGUUGAGAAUGGCACAGUACUGACUCCAGCUGAACUUGGUCUUCUGCCUACUGUUAGGCAACCCCCAGUUGUAUGUGAACUGGCAGCAGUUUCACAAAGUCAUUGUCAAGGAAAAACAGAAAAAACCCUGAUCUGAAUGCACACAUCAGCUGUACCGAUUGCCAUGGAGUGGACUUUGGGAACCCCGCAAUAUGCCUUCAGGUUUGGGGGCAAACAGAUCCGAUUACGCACAUCAAGGCAGUCUGGUCACAAAAGCAAAAGCCUUUAGCAAAACUGAAUGCCUGACUCAGACCAGCCCAUCAGAUGUUCUGGCCUGUGAUCAAGCUAUUUAUUUACUAUUUUAAAUGCAACCUUUUGCUCCCAUUGUAUAAAAAUUCUGGAGCUGAACUAGAACUGGAGAACAAGAAACGUGAAGCAAGGUUAUUUUACAGCGGCCAAGUCUUUAUAGUAAAGUCGUGCCCUGGCGUAGCCAAGAAAGAGCAGGAACUCCUCCCUCCCUGGCUCCCACCAGGAGAAGAGGGAAAGGCUCGCAUGGCCACUUAGGUCCUGGGGGAUGUUUUCCACAGAACAACCCCAAGUAUGUUGCCUUGUCUUGUUUUAGUGUCUUAUCCACUGGCUGCCACCUAUUCUGCAGCCUAAUGGAGCUUUAUUAAAACUGUUCUACUGUUAUCAAACUAAACUUUUAACUGUGGAAUGUCAUCGCCUUGUUCUUUCUUACUGUGUACGUUCUUCAGCCACGCUUAAGUGUCUCAGUUUUCACAUCCUCUGAAUAAACACUCCUGCCUCACGUCUGGUUGGGAAUUACAGUGUUAGGACACAUGUUACCCAAAACUACUGUAAACAAGACAAUGUCAACAUGAACAUAUGCUGAGGGGCAGAUAGCCUAGAUUUGCCCCUAGACUUUAACUUUACAGGUGUUAAAGGAUACUCUGCCGAGGGUAUGUCUAUAUAACAGUGCAGAAGUAUCUGAGCUAGCUUUAAUGAGCUUCCAUAUGUAGUUGUGGCAGCAUGAAGCCCAGCACAGGCUAUCAUUAUCAUGUACAUUGACGUGUGUAAAGAUAACGCAUUUGGACAGCAGCCUUCUGAAGCAUGGUCUCCAGAGCUGGUGACAGGAAAGGGUGGCUGAAAGGAGUUUGUCUCGUCAGCUCUCCUGGGAAAGGGUUCAUCUCACCUAAUGUUAAUAUGCUCAACUCUCACCUGACGAGAGAUCAAAGGAACUGUCUUCCGGAGGUGCCUCUGACUUAAAUGUCUACCUUUAUAUAGCUUAAGUGAGAUGAAUCCUGCUCUCCGUCCCUCUGGUUAGGUCUACAUUGCAAACCCUUGCCAACACAGACAUAUCAUCCAGGGUGCUUUGAGGUACGACUUGUGAUCAUUGUAGCUCUGCCAGCAAAAGCCUUGCGCGUUAGGUGUAAAUAUACUACCAGAAACACCCUGUUGUCAGAACAGCUUGUGUCCCUUAUGGGGAGAACAGAGAGCUGGAGUAACUGACAGUGGCGUAGUAAGCACAGAGGCUUCGUUAUAGUUGUGCCCUGUUUGGGAGGCACUGGUUGAUGAAACCUCCUGCUAUCGCCAUGCUGGCAAAGCCUGCCAGGGGUGUCCCUGGCUUUUAGCAGUGCCCUGAGUGAUGCUCUGACCCGCUCAGCAGAUCCCAGCUUUCCAGCGUGAAGUCUCUAAGCGGCAGAAUGCAAUGUUGUCAUGUUUGGGUGAUUCCAGCAAAAUUUAUCGGCCAUUUAAAUAGCUAUGCAAGGAGUUAAAUAUUUUCUCAUAUUGCAGUCUCCUAUGGAAGCCAGCCAAUUGUGCUUUGGCUUUGUGUGGUUCAGCUGUUUUCACUAUUUUGUUUUAAAAGGAAUAACCGGGUUUUCUUUCAUUGUUUGGGAUCCCACGUCUCUUAUCAGGUCCCACAGCGUGUGUAGAUUUUUCACGUUUCAAACAUCCUUAGGCCCUGAAAGUGCAAUGUAUGAAAAUUAACUCCUCCAAAGUUUCUGUUCGUGGCUUCACAACUCUCUUGCAACAGGAUGCCUACGUGCCCAUUUGAAACAGAGCUGGCAAUGCAGUGAAAUGUUUCACUGGAGGCAGCAUCGUGUUUUGUUUGCACUGUUUACAACUAUCCUUUGGUUUUCUUUUUUAUUCUUUUUGUUUGUUUCUGAACACAUUUCUGGUUCAUUGGCUACAGAAAAUGACUCGUAAUUAUGCAAUGGGACAGUGUUUCUUUUUUUAACAUUUUUCUUUUUCUUUUUUUUUUUUUAAUGUCCUGAUGUUCAAGGAGUUUGCAAUAAAUAUACUGAGGCUGCUCUGUAAUUGCAUGUAAGAUCAGCCUCACAACUGUGUUUUGUAAAGUUAAGUGCCGUAAAAGAACCUGUAGAUGACGUGGAGAAGGAGGGAAGGGAGAGAGUAAGUGGAGGAGAAGGCUUCUCUGGCAGCUGCAGCUUUGACUGGUGGGUGGCAGCUUUAAAGUAAGACUGCUCACACCAUUUUGUUUCAUCCGAGUAGCAGCAUGUAUCAUCAGACAGUGUAUGAUGGCAUUUUGUUGAAAACAUGCCUAGAGAGAAACUUUUACGGCUCAGCUGUUUACCUGUUCCUGUAUUCAUGCCUGCAAUAAAUGAGAUGAAAAAUAAA